UGCUCUUGCUCGGCGGCAUGGUGCUUAGUUUGUGUAUCUGUGUAACGUGUGUGGCUAAAAAGGUUUAAUAACAUGAGUUCUCAGAGAGGUAAUACAUCUCGAUCGCGGGGCCAGAAGCAUCAAAACACAACUGCGUUUAAAAACGACAAGUACGGGGCGACUACACAAGUGAAGAAGGCAAAUUCAAAGAUCCAUGAUGGGCUUUGUCAACGCUGUAAAGGUGUUCUUGAGUGGAAAGUUAAGUACAAUAAAAAAAAGCCACUAACACAGCCUAGAAAAUGUGUCAAGUGCUCCCAAAAGACAAUAAAAGAUGCGUAUCACAUCAUUUGUAAGCCCUGCUCUCUUCAGCAAGAGAUCUGCUGCAAGUGUGGGAAGAAGGAGGAGAUUGUUAUUCCGGUGAACUCACAUCUGGAGCAAAACGAGCAAGAAGUUGAUGAACAGAGAAAGAAAGGAUGUCGACGAAGGAAGACAGACAUGGAUGGUUUGGACAGUGAUGAUGAUUAUGAUGAUGAUGAAGAUGACUUUGAUGACUGUGAAGAGGAGGAAGAUAAAGAUUUAGACGAGGACUCUGCAGCAAAAAAGCCACAGAGAAAAUCUGCUGUGCUGCCGGACCUGUCCCCAAUCAAUAUUGAAGAUUAAACACAAUAAGAGUUCUUUUCAAACCUGUGUAACAAAUGGGAUUUUUUGGGGCAAAAUACAGUAUCAGGUUUGUUGCAGAAGCUCUCUUAGAUUAAUAUAUGGCAAUAAGCCGAUGCUGCCUGCUUGAAUGCAGAGCAUGAAAAAGGAAGUCAGGUGGUGAAAUGCACAAAAACUGCCAGAUGACAUCAGAGGGAGCAACGUAAUUUUUCUUUUUAACUGAGUCGGUGUACUUUCUAAAGAAUCUUUAGUUCUGUAAAUUGU